UGGGUUCCAGGCCUCUUUGGGCACGCCCCACUUCUGUGUCCUGGGCAAAUCCUUCUCCUCCUCUCAGCUUGUUUCCUCUUCUGCUGGGUAAAAAGUGAGAAUCUGCCUUUUGCCUCCCACCAGGGUUUGCGCACCCCGCAUUUGGCGAUGCACCUGUUUUUCUGGCACACCUGGUUGUGCCAUGCCGACGUCUAGCUGAGCAGCGAAAGCGGAAACAACUACAGGGAGUUCCCCAGCCAGCGCUGGGACCCACCCACCGGCGGGAGGCGCUGGGGACCUGGAGACGGGCGUGCGCUGGGCCACCGUGACUCACUCUCUUCGGGGGAGACCCCGUCCACUGCCCUCUUCAGCCUCGGGGGCCAGAGCGCGGCCAGAGGUGCAGCGAGACAGCCAUGUCUGAGCCCGAGGUCGCAGCCGACGACCUGGACGCCUUCAUCGACGACCUGGACUACCUCCCGGGCCACUUCCACCUAGAGAUGCAGCUGAACUUCGAGCCGCAUUCGCCGGCCCCGCUGCGCGCCCGGGAUCUGAAACUGCAGCGGGAGGCCGUGCAGCAGGAGCUCGAGCUGGCGGCCGUCCCACAGCGGUCGGCCGUGUGUCACCUGCUGGGUGCUUUCGCCUUCUACCUGGAGGAGCUGGACGAGGCCCGGGAGCGCUUUCUCCAGGUGGUCCGCGAGGACCCGGGCAACCUCAAUGCCUGGGCCAAUCUGGCACAUGUGUACGGGCACCUGGGCGAGGAGGAAGAGGAGGAGGCUUGCGCCGCGCGACUGGCUGACCUCAUGGGCCUGGCGGCGGACCCGGAGGCACCCGCGGACCCCCAGCUCCGCGCUGCACGCUGCCUGGCGGAGCAGGGCUACGCGCACGGCUUCGACGUGGGCUGCGCCAGCCUGAAAGAACGCGCACGGGUACUGGCAGCUGGCAUCGCGCUCUAUGACAAGGCGCUGGGCUACGGGCAGCAGAUCCCGAUGGAGGAGAAAAGGGGCUGGUACUUCACCAUGGCAACCCUCCUCAUCAGGCUGGAUGGCAUCUUCCUGGAGCAGGGCAGCGAGGAGCAGAAGAGGCUGCCUGCCUUCAACCGCACGCUGGCCCUGCUGCGGCAGGUCCUCAAGUCCUCGGACCCCCGACACCGAGCACUGGCCUGGUGCUAUCUUGGAAUGCUGCUGGAGAGGAAGGACACCUUCUCCACCACCCCUAUGGGCGUCCAUGACUGUGGGUACUCCGGGACUGACCCCCUGGACUGCUUCGGCAAGGCCAUUGAGAUUGCCAAGGACCAACCUCCUAUCCUGAAUCACCUGGCCAAAAUCUUCCACUUCCUAGGAAAGCAGGAUAUGGCCAUUGGAACCUGUAACAUGGCCCUGGAUGUCCUACGAGAUCCAGAGCUCAACUGGCAAGCAUACUGCACAAGGGCCAAGAUCCACAUCAGAGCCUACCUGCACGACCUGACACGGGCCAAGAUGGGGCUUGGGGGCAUGCCGGACAGGAAACACCUGGCCUGCGCCAAAGCUGACCUUGAGGAAGUAGUCAAGGUGUGCCCAGGCCUCAGGACAUACCUGGACAUUGGCCAGGUCUACUACUACAUGGGCGUGGACGCCAUGCGGGAGCUGCUGGCGGUGGACGAGGCGGCGCUCAACCAGGCGCUGGUCUUCCUGGCCAAGGCCGGCGAAUUCGAGCUGGGCGCCACGCUGCCCGAGCUGCAGCUGCUACGAGGCAAGUGCCUGCGCAUCAAGGGCGAGGAGGCCAACGCGGCGGCCUGCUUCAAGCGCGCCGUGGAGCUGGACGACAUGGGCUCCAGCCACACCGAGGGCUUCGGAUGCCUGCUUGAGGCGCUGCUGGUGCAGUGGAGCCAGGCGCAGCUGAGCGACGGCGAGCUGGGACUCGAGGUGGACGCCUGGCUGCGCCGCGCCCGGGGCAAGUACCCGGAGGCCUGUCUGCGCCAGGAACUGCAACGCGUGUGGCGCGGCCACACGGACGAGAUGCUGGGGGUGGCUAGGGCCUUAGUGGCCCAGGGACGGCCAGCGCUAGUGCGGAUGCUUUUCGAAACCAUGGAAGUAGAAGGUGAGAGUGGUGGAGAGGCGCGCAGGCGCCGUGCGCUCUCCUUCUGAGUCUCAGGAGUCCAGGCCCCGCCCCGCAGAGGUUCUGAGCCGGUUCAAGGCGCUGAAGUUGGGCGCCUCUGCCACCGGCAGGCUGCUUGAGGUAGCCAAUCAGAUUCCUUUUCCGAAACUGAGAGGUGGACAUUGAGACUAAGGCAGUUCGAGCUGCCCACUAAGGCCUGACUGCCAGUUUGGGGACUCUCAUGAGCCAUUCUCUAUAAGAAGAUAAGGGAUUGCCCGGUGUGGGAGUGCACACCUGUGAUCCCAACUGCUGAGGCAGGAGGACUGCGAUUUCAAGCCCACGCUGGGCAAAUUGGGCAAGACCCUGUCUCAAAAAACAAAAGACUAACGUUGACUGUUGACUGCAGUCUCGGGUCCUGCAGCCGGAAAAAUUUCAGAGUGGACUCAAAGGCAAGGUGACACAGUGAGUGGACUAAGGCAGGGCCUUAACUUAAACCUGAGUGCUCAGUCCUUUCACCACCUCCUACCAGUUUUCCAGCAGUUGUCAUUCUUGGUCUGCUUGGUCCCAAAGUCCUCUGGAAUUCCUUGAAAUAGAAUUUGUCAAUAGAACCUUUACUUGACUUCUCUGUUCUGGAGAAAAUCUAGGGGCCCCACCCAUUAGGAAAUGCCACCUACUCUCAAUCUUGAAUCUUCUAUGAGAGAAUGAGGGAGAACUUGGACCUUUAUGUUCUGUAAUCAUCAUCACAGAAUCUUAGAUGUGGAAUUUUGUCAAAGCCUUAGUAGACCUGAUAGCCACCAAAUUGUACAAGGGUUGAGCUAGAUUCUGUGGUCUCACACACAGAAGCUACUUUAACCCCAAAUCCCAGAUUAAGUUUUUGCCAGAGACCAGAAAGGCAAGAUUUAUGAUUUUUUUUUUUUUUUUUGCAUCUUUUCCUUUCUUUGAAGAGCUAUCCUCCCUGCAUUGUUCAUGGCCAUGGUCCUCAGGCUCCACCAGGGACAGGGUGGCAGCCUUGCACUGCAGCUCUAUAUUGGUUUUUGAAACCAUGGAACUAGAGGAUGAGAGUGGUAGAGUGGCACCACUCUGAAGUGCAACACCGUCUGACCCCUUCACUAUGCAGAUGGAAAACUGAGAGUCACAGAAGGGAAGCAUUUGCCCAAAGUCCCACUUCCUGUGCUCCUUGCCCUGAAUCUCAAGCUUACUUUCAACAUUUUUAAGGUUUGGAAAAAUAAUGAUCAAUGGUAAAACAUUAUUAUGUGCUAAAGGUUUGUGUGUCACUUGUCCCAUGGUGCACUCUGAUAGUCAAUGUUUUUAACGCCACUGAUGCUUUCCAGAUACCUAGAAAUCAGACAAGGAGGCCACUUUGAGGCCGCUGAAUUCCACCUCAGGCUCACCAUGGCUCACCAUUUGGGACUGUGGUAUUCUCUCCCCACCUCCUUCUCCUCUCAUCUUCAUUGCAUCAGAGGCCAGGAGGUGACUCAUCAGUGGGCAGUACUUGUGGCCCUUUUCUCCCUUCACCCUGCCCACUCCCAUCCUUUCUCCACCAAGACCAUGACUGUGACCUUCCUUAAGAUGGAGAUGCAUUUCCUUCCACUUCCCUACUGGCAAGAUUUAAAAAGUUGCUGAAGUUGGUGCCCCCACCUCCAGUGUUUCCUUCCUUGCAUUUCUUGUCCCCAAGUUCAUGCGUUUCUCCCUCCAUUGCCCCUGCCUCCUGUCAUAACCUUUUUUUUUUUUUGAACCAGAGAUUGAACUCAGGGGCACUUGACCACUGAGUCACAUCCCCAGCCCUAUUUUGUAUUUUAUUUAGAGACAGGGUCUCACUGAGUUGCUUAGUGCCUUGCCAUUGCUGAGGCUGGUUUUGAACUCGCGAUCCUCCUGCCUCAGCCUCCUGAGCCGCUGGGGUUACAGGUGGGCGCCACAGCGCUCAACUAUCAUAACCUUUUGAAUAAAAUUUCUUUCUGAGAACCUCA